AUGUCGCCUUCUUCAAGUCAGGAUACAGUUUCCAAUACAGGAGACGAACUCAGAAUCGAGAUCGGCGUGGAUCCAGACUCAAGCGCCUAUGCCCCGGACAUGGACAGUCUGGAAACCAAUGAAUUUCCACGACUACGUGACUCCCCUGAUGACUGUGACUUCUUGGCGCUAAGUCGCUUUACUCACGACGGAGACAAAGUUCGAGAUGAAAUAUUCACUUUUGGCCAGCUUGAAGAGAUAGAAUAUUUUCUGGACGAUCCCGAGGGUGGCGAUAUAUAUCUUCUGUUCGGCUUCCAAGGGCAAGCUUUGGACAAAGACUUUACUGACUAUUCCUAG